UUCUACUCCAUGGCCCUGAUACUCUUCCGUAAAUUUGAACUGCUAAACACAUGAAUUUAAUCUGCUUUGUUAGUGUUGUCAGGGCAUUGUCAGUUCCCUGAAUUCCGAGCGGCCGUGAACGCCGCCCCCCGCCCGCUGCAGCAGCAGUCCGGCAGCAGCAGCUCAGUGUUAGCAUGGCGCGCAGUGCGGCGGCUCCUUGUCUCGCUUCUGGAGGUUUUCUGUGCUUGGCUUUACUAAAGUGUUGACAGAGACUUGUUUAUCCUAGAAGUACCCGAAACAAACAAAAAAAACAACAACUCGGCAAGACGACAGCACUUGUAAGCGUGAUAGUGUAGUAAAAGUGAGUGUAGUUUGUGUGUGUCGCUAAGUGAACGCUAGCCGGAGAGACAGCAGGGUUUACGGACCAGAGGAGCGUCCUGUCCUGCAGGAGCUGAUGCAAAUGCCAUGGCAAUAACCGAGGCAUGGGAGUGACAUGACGGUGCCUGACCUGCUCCUGAACACAGACCCUAUCAAAAAUCAUGCUUUUCUGAAAUAGAGGCAGCACAUAGAGAAUGGACGAGUCAGUAUUGCUGGAUUUGCUUGAGUGCCCUGUUUGUCUGGAGCGACUCGAUGCCUCUGCAAAGGUUCUUCCCUGUCAGCACACCUUCUGCCGCCGAUGUCUCCAAGGCAUCCUAGGCUCCCGCGGGGAGCUGCGCUGUCCAGAGUGCCGGACGCUGGUGGAGUGUGCGGUGGAUGAACUACCGAGCAACAUCCUCCUGGUGCGUCUGUUGGAUGGCAUCAAGCAGAGGCCGAGGAGGACCGGCUCUGGGGCUGGAGCUUGCACCAACGGUACAUCUGGAGCGGUGGCGAGAGCGCAUGGAAGUGGGACGCGGGAGCAGAUCCCUCCAGGGGCACAACCCCAGCGGGCUCAGGCCAAGAGCACCAUUGUCAGGGGCGUACCGCAGCUGCCUUGUGCCAAGGCACUGUAUAACUAUGACGGGAAGGAACCAGGAGACCUCAAAUUCACUAAGGGGGACAUCAUCAUCCUGCGCCGACAAGUGGAUGAGAACUGGUACCACGGAGAGAUGGGGGGAGUCCAUGGCUUUUUCCCCACCAACUUUGUCCAGGUCAUCAAGCCGUUGCCGCAGCCGCCCCCUCAGUGCAAAGCUCUCUAUGACUUUGAGCUGAAAGACAAAGAGGCCGACAAGGACUGUCUGCCCUUCUCCAAGGAUGACGUCUUGACUGUGAUCCGCAGAGUAGAUGAAAACUGGGCAGAGGGAAUGCUGGGAGAUAAAAUAGGGAUUUUUCCCAUCUCAUAUGUGGAGUUCAACUCGGCAGCACGUCAGCUUAUAGAAUUAGACAAGCCAUCAGACUCCAGCGGAGACUCUGGCGAGGGGGCCUCCUUGGGGCCCCAGAGCAAUGGUGCCCAGCGGGCAGGGGAGAAGAAGAACAGCAAGAAACGACAUUCCUUUACCUCACUUACUAUGUCCCACAAACCUAUGCUAGCUCCCCCCCCCCAACGCCACUCCAUGGAGAUUAGCGGGCCGGUCCUCAUUAGCUCCAGCAACCCCACAGCAGCGGCUCGGAUUGGAGAGAUCAGUGGGGGUCUUUCCUGCAGCGCACCUUCACAGGUACAUAUUUGCACAACUGGACUAAUUGUGACCCCACCCCCUAGUAGUCCUGUUACCACAGCAACAGUCUUCACGUUUCCUUCAGAGACAAGCUACACCACCCUUCCUUUGGACGUUCUGCCGCCGCCCCCACCUCCUCCCCCGCAGUCCUCUGUCAGCGGGGCGGCAUAUCCACUCGCCGCCGGACAGAGACCCUCCCCCAGCAUAAGCGACCAAAGUGGGAGACAAAGACCCACAGUGUAUGUGGCAAUGUUCCAGUAUACUCCUCGUAAGGAGGAUGAGCUGGAGCUCAGGAAAGGAGAGAUGUUCCUGGUGCUGGAACGCUGUCAGGACGGCUGGUUCAAGGGCACGUCUAUGCACACAGGCAAGAUCGGUGUCUUUCCUGGAAACUACAUGAGCCCGGUCAGCAGGACGGUGUCUGGAAGCAGCAAAGUUCCCAUGAGUCUCUGUUCUCAGGCCGGUAGAGGAGUCACCAUCGUCAGCCCUUCCUCUGCUCCCCUCUGUGCUGUUGUCCCAGGCUCUGAUUUCAACAAACCCCUGGCUGUCUGCUCCAGCGCUGGACCUGCCAGCUCCCAGCCUGCAGCUGUGGUAACAGCAGCUCAGACAGCCACAGGCCAGCAGCCAAAAGUCCCGUUGCAUGUCAGCUCCCAAAUGACUGUAAAUCAGGCUCGCAGUGCAGUCAGGACAGCUGCGUGCCACAGUCAGGACAGGCCCACAGCAGCAGUGACCCCUAUCCAGUCUGCAGCACCUGUCGCCUAUCUCCCACACCUUGCAGUGUGCUCACAGCCUUCCUUCAGUCCUGCUCAAGGCUGCUCCCGGUUGGGAGUGGCAAUGGGCUGUGCUGCGUCCUCUCUGACCCCCCCCAAUGUGAGUGCUGCUUCCCUGGACGGCGAUGCUCUGAGACCUGUGCCUGUCCUCGCUGUGCCUGUUGGCUCCGGGAGCAACGCCGCCCUCAAUCCCCCUUUCAACGGUGCAGCCCCGGGCUGCCGGCUGGACAAGGAUGUCAAGAGAGAAAAGAAAAGUCUUCUGAAGCUUUUGUCCUCCAACAAGAAGAAGUCUCGUCCUUCACCCCCCUCCUCGCCUACGCUUGAGGCAGAACAACCUGCUGCUGGAGAGGUGCUGCACGGUGCCGUGGGCCCCGACACAUCCCCUCCCUCUGGCCCAGUCAGCUGCUUUGAGCUGGAAACUGCUGCUGCUGCUGCAUCGUCGUCCUCCUCCUCCUCAGCCCCAGAGUCCUCCCUGCGGAAGAGCAGUCCCCUGGAUGGCUGUGCUCCCAUCGCUCCACCUCCUCGCCAGCCCUGCUCCUCUCUUGUAUCUCAACAGCAAGACGCGCGUCCCAUCCUAUGUGAAAGGUACAGGGUGGUGGUGUCAUAUCCUCCGCAGAGCGAGGCUGAGCUGGAACUUAAGGAGGGCGACAUUGUGUUUGUCCACCGGAAGAGAGAGGACGGCUGGUUCAAAGGCACGCUGCAGCGGAACGGCAGGACCGGCCUGUUCCCUGGCAGCUUCGUCGACAGCAUCUAAUACACACACUAUAGUGAACAAAGCUUUGCCAUGACCUUGUUUGACCGCUGCUUGUCAAUGGCUGGGACCAGACCAUCAUGCUGACACUUUAUGUCCUCGAAAAGAGCGCUAGAGGCACAUCAGAAGGAGCUGAAGAGAAAAACUUUAGAUAUAUUAAAGUGCAGUGGACAGAGUUAGAGGAGAGCAUCGUACUCAUGAACUUGAUUUUUGUUUUUCCGAUUAUUUAUGUCUUUGUAACAAUUCAGCUGUCAAAUGUGUGCCUUGUACUGUUCCCCACUUUAUUGUACAUAAGGAUGCAGAUAUAAUUAGUCCUUAAAAGAAACGGUAUCAUCUGUUAAUUGGUAUGUUACACAUUUUAACUUAUUUCAUAUUGUCUUUUUGUCGUGCCACACAAUAAGGGGGUAAGUACAGCACAUGCCUUAUGCUAUAAACGACCACAUUAGUGAUACUUUUCUCUACUAGACUGCUGAAAAAAGUCUCAUCGUAAUUUCAAGCUGUCAGCAUGCAGGGGACGGUACAGAUAAAUCACUAGUACUGCAUAGUGAGGAAACUUUCCCUGCUGCAAAGGCAUUACCUGAACCACAGAUAUAUUGCACAUUCAAAUACUCAAGUAGCUGCAGUUCACAGCCUUGUGGGUGGUGCACAUGACUAAAUAUUGAAGUGUGACAUUCAGAUUUUUUUUAUCUCAAGGUGUGGUUGAGGGCUGUUGCCUGCAGCGAUCAAAUAUUUGCAUGUGAUAAGCAAAGCCAUCUCCAGCAACAGUGGUGAUGGACGGGUGGCUGGACUGUUUGUAAUUUUCUAAAAAAAACACACUCCAAAAUGGACUUUGCAGUCAAAUGUUGCGUGACUUGUACCUUGUUUAUAUUUACUGACCAGAGUAGCUGCUCUCCUAACCCCUUGGCAACAGCCAAACCCAGACAGAGCUCUGCAACACUAGAGCCACAUAACCUUUCAGUAUCGGUGUAUAUUUAUGUUUUAGACAUUUCACAGAAGCCCACAACCUGCUGCUCGCAGAGUUGGCGGCUCAUGACUAACCUCACUCGGUACACUCUUCAGUGGGCUCGGUUUUUGGACAUUACAGCUCAUUUCCGAAUGUGACCUUUGGCAAUAAAACACACUGCGAACUAAAGCACAGAAUGUUUGCCUAAAGUAGCAUUUUAAUGUGUCUUUCCACAGGAAGAGAUGUGCUGUGUACUUAAAUCUCAAAUUUUAUUGAAAUCAUUCACUUUGAGCCCUUAAUUUUGUUUUUUAUUUUGUGGUUAUCUGUUAAACAUUGUACGUACUUGAAUUACUUUAAGAUUUGUUUAUGAUUUGAGGGGUUUUGGUCAUGUAUUUGAACGUUUUCGCAGUUAUAAAUUGACUACUUUGGAAAAUGGGAAAUAUGUUGUAAAACUAAUAGACGACAAUAAGUAGUCUCUAUUUUUCAAAAAGGCUUUUGCAAAACUAAGACCAUCCUUCAGAACAAUAUUAGACAUUGUUAUAGAGUGGCGCACUGCCUCCGUGGACGAUCAGCAGCUAAAGUUAUGACGUUUUGUCUGAGGCGUAUGUUGUCUGAUGUCCAGUAUGGUCAUGGCAGUUAUUGGCGUUCGCUAAAUUUGACUUUCAGAAUUGUGAUUCAGAUGUUUCUUUUUUCCCAUUUGUCUUCUUUUUUUUUUGUUUGAGCUGUUCAUUGAGGGGACCACUGUGUAACUGACUGCUGGAAGAUGUAAUAAUUUGUUUUGGAGAUUUGGAGAGGUUGUGGAAAAGGAUGGUACAAAUCACUGUUAGUCUUUUUGUUUUGUUUUGUUUUUUGUUUUUUCCUGAAUUGAUUUAUCCUGAUGUUGCAUCGAUGUCUUGGCAAUCACCAGACCAACCUCAAGCCUUCUGCUAAAACUCUUCCUGUCGAGUGUCUUCAUUUCACUAGUAAGCCUUGUAACACAUACACACCAGACUUGCAGCCUUUCAUGCUGACACGUGCACUCACCAUUGCUAAUCUUACUGACAUCUCAUCCAUAUUUUUCUUGAAUAGGCUGCACGAACGCAGAACAUUUCUUGAAAUACGUAUGACUUUAUUCUCAUUCACCAGAACGUACGGCAGCUUAAGUUUGCUCGGUUCGUCUUAACAGUUUCCAUAUGCCAAGGUGUCUUACUUGAUUCUUUUUUUUUUUUCCUUUAGUUUGUAGUUGGUUUGUUUUACAUCGGAGAAUAGUGAAACUGAAUUUUAACUAUUUGGCACACGUGAAAAAUAUUCUGAAACAAUUGAGGGAAUUGCACAUUUUGUAAAAUAAAAUAAAAAAAAAAUUAGAACAAUAAAAGCAAAUGG